AUGGAUCACCAAACUGUGAUCAUGCUUAAUGCCACAUUUGUUCGUCCUGAGAAAUUCUAUCUUAGUGGAUUUUCCAACAUGUCUCAUGCCAAGUAUUUCUACGUGUUUCUGUGUUUUGUUUAUGUUGUGACUGUCCUUGGUAAUACCUCCCUGAUAUCAGUUAUCUUCCUGGCCAAGACUCUUCAUACCGCUAAAUACAUGAUUGUCUUCAACCUGGCUUUGACAGACUUGUGUGAGAGCACUGCUCUCAUCCCAAAGCUGUUGGACACAUUUUUGUUUGAUAACAGAUACAUUAUCUAUGAGGCCUGCCUAAGUUAUAUGUUCUAUGUUUUGUUCUUUACAGCAAUACAGUCAUGGACUCUCCUCACAAUGGCAUAUGAUAGGUUUGUAGCAAUUUGCUUUCCUCUGAGAUACCAUGCAAUUGUGACAAAACCAGCUGUUGCUGCUAUACUCAUGUUUAUAUGGUGUUUCCUGGUGAGUUUAGUAGCAUUUGGGAUUAGCCUUAUAGAUCGUCUUUCCUUUUGUAGAUCUUCGGUGAUUAACAGUUUCUUCUGUGACCAUGCACCAACAUUGAAACUUAGCUGUUCUGACGUAUCUUUAAAUAGUAGAAUGGCAUAUGCAUAUUUUAUCACUGUCCUCAUGCUUCCUUUUAUUUUGAUUUUAAUGUCAUAUGCUCGGAUUGCUCUAGCAUUGAUUAAGAUUGCAUCUGGAGCGGAACGAAUCAAAGCUCUGAAAACCUGUAGCUCUCAUCUGAUCCUAGUGAUCAUUUUCUUUUUGCCAAUGUUGAGCACCAAUAUAGCUUCAGUGUCCAAUCGCAUUCAUCCUAAUGCCAGGAUGAUAAAUUCAACCUUGACACACACCAUACCAUCUUUGCUCAAUCCUAUUAUAUACUCUUUGAAGACAGAAGAAGUGUUAAAUUCCAUUAAGAAGCUUUACAAAAGAAAGAGGUUUAUCGCUGCAACACUGAAGAAACAGUUGGUGCAAUAA